UAGCAGGAAGAAGAGACUCAUAAAACAAAGGAAGAAAGAAGAAAAAUAGUUAUUUUGAUCCGAGAAAGAAAUGGCAACGCUUGGUGGAGUUCGUGAGGUUGAUGGAACUGCUAACAGCAUUGAGAUCGAUGGCCUUGCGCGUUUCGCCGUUGAUGAACAUAACAAGAAACAGAAUACGAUGCUGCAGUUUGGGAAAGUCGUGAAAGCGAAACAGCAGGUGGUUUCUGGUACUAUGUAUUAUAUAACUCUGGAGGCGAGUGAGGGAGAUAAGAAGAAUGUUUAUGAAGCAAAAGUGUGGGAGAAGCCUUGGUUGCAAUUCAAGGAGUUGCAGGAGUUUAAGCUUCUUGAUGAUACUUCUGCUUAGUUUGGUGACUGACUUGCAGUAUAUCAAACUUGGAAAGAAAAAUAUCAGGAUAUUGAAGCUAUAUUCAGUAUGAAAUAAAUGUAACUGACUUAUGAAUUUGGUUUGAACCUUGCAAUAAACGUGUGUAGAUUCUUCUUAUCUUAUAAAUGGUACAACUCCGUGAAGCUCUUCUAGAAUGGUGCAAAGUGAUGCAUUAGUCUAAUGAGGCCUUCAUGAACAAGCGUGCUAAAUAUGUGAAAAUAAAUUUACUGUAUUCUAUUAUAUGUGCAAAUUUUA